AUGGAAGGUCUCUUCUUUAACGUCAAUGGAGGAUACCUCGAAGGUAUCGUUCGUGGAUACCGCAACAGUCUACUCACAGGCCAGCACUAUGCCAACUUGACCCAGUGCGAUACCAUAGAUGAUGUAAAACUUCAACUCGCCCCCGCAUACGGAGACUUCCUCGCAGCUCUCCCCCCAAACCCCUCCACCUCCUCUCUGGCCGCCAAAAUGACCGACAAGAUGGUCGCUGAGUUCCGCUACGUCCAAGCCCAGGCAACCGGCUCAUUCGCCAAAUUCAUGGAAUAUCUAACCUAUGGCUACAUGAUCGACAACGUUGCAUUGCUGAUUACCGGCACCUUACACGAAAGAGAUACUCGCGAGCUCCUAGAGCGUUGUCACCCUCUUGGCUGGUUCGAGACUCUACCUGUACUCUGUGUCGCGACAAAUAUCGAAGAACUCUAUAACUCCGUACUGGUCGAAACGCCGCUUGCUCCAUACUUUAAGGGCAGUUUGAGCCAUCAGGACUUGGACGAAUUGAAUAUUGAGAUUGUCCGGAAUACAUUAUACAAGAAUUACCUGGAAGAUUUUUACAACUUCAUCAACACGAACUCAGAGCUCAAGGGCACGCCGACGCAAGAGGCCAUGGCCGAGAUUCUGGAGUACGAAGCUGAUCGACGAGCAAUCAACAUUACCUUGAACUCAUUCGGUACCGAACUUUCCAAACAAGAAAGGAAGAAACUUUACCCUGAGUUCGGGAAAUUGUAUCCAGAGGGCUCGCUCAUGCUCUCUCGCGCCGAUGACGUGGAAGGUGUUGCCCUUGCGGUGAGCGGUGUUGGGGACUACAAAACCUUUUUCGAUGCCGUGGGCCUGUCUCAGGGUGGCCCAGGCGGCAUUGGAAAUAUGGCCGGUGGCGGUAGCUCGGAUGGAAAGAGUUUGGAGGAUUUGUUUUACCAAAAGGAGAUGGAAUUAUGCAAGGUUGUUUUUACGCGUCAAUUUACUACGGCUAUUGUAUAUGCUUGGGUCAAGUUAAGGGAGCAGGAAAUCCGCAAUAUCACCUGGAUCGCAGAGUGUAUUGCGCAGCAUCAAAAGGAACGAAUAGGAAACUAUAUCUCUGUUUUCUAG